AUGUUCACAGAAAUUCGGACGAAUGGAACAAGAAACAAUAUUGCUGUAUGCACCAUUUUUGGUGAUGGAAAUCCACAAAGUGUUGAAAGAAAAGCAUGUAAUCAUAUCGCGGCGGGACUACAACACAUUAAAGGCAUUACAGGUAGUAGUAAUGGUGUUGCCAAGUCUAAUGAUCAAGACAAGCAACUGCUCGAUGGAGCAGUUGCUUGUAUAGCUCUUAACCUUUAUGCUGAUCAAAUAAGAGAGAAGUCGAAGGAUAAAUGCCCAAUUGAUGAGACAAGAAUAGAAAAAAUGUUUAAUGUUUGGAAUAAAAUUAAUAAAUAUUGGUAUCCAUGUAAUGGUGCUAAUAAUAAUCUUUGUUUUGAAUGCACAAGACAUAAAGAUGACUUUAAGAAUUGCGAACUAAGUGUUUCCAAAACUUUGAUUAAUACAGCAUCAAAUGGAACUUGCCCUUCCAAAGACAACACCAACAGGGAAAAAGUCCACGACGAAAUGAACAAAUUCCUCAACGAAUCCAACAACGAAUCCAUCUCCGAAGUAAAGAAAACAUUAUCCACCAUAAAUGACAUGAGUAAGUCUUUCUGUACUCAACUCCAAUGCGCAGCAAGGAAAUGGAACUUUACAAAAAAAAAUAAAGGAACACCACCAUCAUGGCAAAACAAUACCACAAAAAUAAGCAUAAUGGUGGGCACUCCAAACCGCCGCUAUCAUGG